AGCUCUUGGUGUGGAGGAUAUUAACAAAAUUAAGUGCUGGUUGUGACUUGUGUUUUGCCAAGCAGAUACAGGUCAAAUGCUUUGGGUGGAAAACAAAACCCAGCUCCGACUGGCAACAGAGUCAGUACAAUCCCCACCUCCUCGUCUCCACUGUCACUCCGAGCAUGUCCUUGGAGCACCUCAGAGCUCCCCAUGGGGUCCUGCCCAGUGGCCAGCCGGGUCUGCAGGGACAGAUGGGGAAUGUGUCCAACACCUCAGUGUUCACCUCCACCUUAUCGGAGAGAGAAGACCUGAUUUUUGGCACUGUCUAUUUAGUCUUUGGCAUCAUGUCCCUGUCUGGGAACUCGCUGCUGCUGCUGGUGGCCCAUCAGAAGAGGUCCCUGCUGAAACCUGCUGAGUUCUUCAUCGUCAACCUGGCCAUCAGUGACCUGAGCAUGACAGUGACGCUCUUCCCCUUGGCCACCUCCUCCUUCUUUGCACACAGGUGGCUCUUCGACCAGGCCGUGUGCACCCUCUACGCCUUCUGCGGGGUCCUGUUCGGGCUGUGCAGCCUCGCCAGCCUGACGGUGCUCAGCACGGUUUGCUGCCUGAAGGUCUGUUACCCGGCAUACGGGAGCAGGUUCUCGCGGAGCCACGCCGCGGUGCUGCUGCUGGCCGUGUGGGCCUAUGCCCUGGCCUUCGCCACGGCGCCCCUGGCCCAGUGGGGCGGCUACGGCCCCGAGCCCUACGGGACAGCCUGCUGCAUCACCUGGGAGGCCUCCAGCAGGGAGGCCACGCUCUACAUCCUCGCCCUCCUCAUCUUCUGCUACCUCCUCCCGUGCCUCCUCAUCCUCGUGUCCUACGCGCUGAUCCUGUGGACGGUGCGGGUGUCGCGGAGAGCCGUGCGGCAGCACACGUCCCCCCGGCGCGGAGCCCGCGGCGGGCACGGCCUGCUCCUCAAGCUGAGCAUUGCCGUGUGCCUGGGGUUCCUGGCUGCCUGGACUCCCUACGCCGUGGUUGCGCUGUGGGCACUGCUCGGGGACGCCAGCCAGGUGCCAGCGCUGGCCUUUGUGCUCUCAGCCGUCUUUGCCAAGUCCUCGACGCUCUACAACCCGCUGGUGUACCUGCUCUUCAAGCCCAGCUUCCACAAGUUCCUGUCCAAGGACAGGGUGCUCCUGCAGGCCCUGCGUGCCCUCCUCUGCUGCGGCUGCUGGGGCGCUGCGCUCCAGCCCUUCCCGUCCCCGGCCUUUGGCGGCCGCCCCGGCGCUUGCAGAAGCUGCAGUGAUGCUUUUGAGUGUUUCAGUAACUACCCCAGGUGCUACACACCCCGCCGGGCGCCCGGCAGCUCGGCCCAGAGUGGCCCCCUGGCCGUGCUGGCCGGUGGAGCUGCCGGGCAGCCGGGGCUGAGGAGGACGGUGCAGGUGAUGGUGCUGCUCACGCGGAGGCGGUCGGGCCUGGGCACUGCCCACGUGGCGGGGGAGGCCUUGCCCUCGGCCAUCACCAAGGACCUGCUCUGAGCCCAGCCCUGUCCAGCUCUAUCCUACCAGAGCACUGGAACACAAACCCAAACCCAGCAUUCUCUCACCCCCGUACCCAGAGGAUCCCAGAUGUUCCACAGAUGAAGUGACAUGAAGAUGUAAGACCAACCCCUCUGGUUUGGCUCUUGCAGCUCUGAGCCUGGUGUUUGCACUUGUAAAAACAAGAACAAAAAUAGACCCCAGUGCCUGAGAUGUGCCCAGGGUGCAGCCCAGGGUACAGUCUCUCCUGCAGUUUGCUCUCUGGGCCCUUGGCCUUUGUUUUUCCAACCUGGUGCUCUGAUGACCAAGUAGGAACUUGGUUGUCUUAAAAAUUGUGCCUGGCAGGGCAGGCUGGGGGCCAGGAGGCCCUGAGGGGCAUCUACCUCCAGUGCCAGCUCCUACAGCCCCUGCAGCCACUGCCUCUCCCACUGGGGAGUGGGACUGUCCGCACAGCUACCCCCCCUGGGAUCACGAAGCACCUCCCUACAGGUCUCAGGGACUGCUCUCUGUGCCGGCUGUGCUACCCCACUCCCUCCACUCGAGUGAAAGCCACCACUGCCUACCGACAGGAAUGGGAGCUUGUCUUUAGAGCAAGGAUUUGGGGUUACAAUAAUCCUGGAGCGAGUAAUGGCAGUCCCAGGGAAUGAUCUGCAGGCAGGGAAUGGCAAAUCUGUGGGUGAGCACCACCCUGGAGAUGGGGCUGUGGCCGCAGGGUGCCCCCGGUGCUGGGACAAUGGGGCAGCUCAUGUCACCUGCACUGCUGCACAGGGCAGCAGCUGCCUGGGCUGCAGCAUCCCACAGGAUUGCAGUUGGCCUUUGGAGGUCAGGGCAGUGCACCCAUGGGUAGAGCCUGGGACAAAAAGGAACGAGAAGCUGUGCCAGGGCCUGAUGCAAAGCCAUCCACAGGAAAACCCCACCUGGCAAGUUCCCUGUGCCCUGUCCCCGGCCCUCCAGCACGUGAGGGGAUCACGCAGUGUCUCUGCUGACCAUUCAUCGUGUUCCAGAAGUUGUCCUUUCUAAAGUAAAUUCCCUCAUGCAAAACCGGCGUCCGGCUCGGUUCAGAUCCGUGUUGGUGGCUGCACUGCAGGAUAACGGGAACACGGAUGGGGAUAGUGCGGAGCGUGGCCGGGGCCAGAGCGUGGCCAGGCUGGGUGCCACGGGCGAGCCACGCAGAGAGGGGCACAGCCCAUCUGCUGGGCACGGGCGCGGGGCUGCAGCAAACCUCCUCUGCCCCAGCAGCCAGAGGCUGCUGUGUGCAUGCCACGGCCAUGGUGUGUCCGGCAGCAACGGGACCCUGCCGCACCCUGCGUGUCCCCCGGGCCAUCCUGGGCCAUCCUGGGCCAUCCUGCUGCUGCCCAUCGAGAAAAGCCUCCAGAAAGGGACCAGGGGCUGAUUUCCCUUUGGAGGACGCAAACAUGAAGGGCUGCUGCCAUCUCCUGGGGGCUCUCAGGGCAUGGCCACCCCGGGGUGGACAGGGACCAAGGACUGACCAGCCAGGCUGGGGACUGGGCUGUGCCGGGCUCAGGGACACCGACGCAGCGCUGGGUCCCUGCUCCGCCUGCCAGCCCCCGGCCGACUGCUUUAGCCCCUGCUGGCUAAAAAUACGGUGCUCCAGAGAUCAGGGAGAAAGAUACUGAUCUGCCAGUCCCUCAGGUCCUUUAUUACUCCAGGAAACCUCCAGAUGAGCGUUUUCAUCUUCAGGUCGGUGUGAGAAUGCCCAACACUGAGAUCCCUAAUGCUGGGAGUGUUUAAUCUCCAUUCCCACACACUCCUGCUGCCGACGGCAGAGGAGCUGCAGCAACCCAGCAAACCCCAACCAGUUCAAUGAACUCCACGUGCUGUAGCAGGACCAAACAGCAAGUCCAGGGUCCAGCAUCACCCGGGACUCCUCCCUGCCAGGCUGGCUCCAUGCUGUGGGGCACAGCACAGCUGGGGCCAAUGCAGCCGUGUCCCCAGCUGGGAAUGGUGCCAACAGCUGCCACCAGUUACCUGAGGAUUAGAGACAACCCCCUCCCUCCAGGGCAGCUUCCCUGGUGCUGCUGAUGGGCUGAGCCUGCAAGGAGGCUGGUGGCUUCACCCUCGGAGCUCAGUUUUAGAAUAGUUGGGUUUAAACCCAGCCAUCCCACGUGUCUUCACCGGAAUCGCUCCAGAGCGAUUCCCUCCGCCCCAGCCGUCACUUGCCGCUUUCCCGGGAAGCCGCCGUGUCCCGGCGCGGCGCCGCCGCCAGAGGGCGAGAGCGAGCAGCGCACCUGACGGCAGGUGCGGCCGGGAGGCCCCGGGAACCGCGGGGAACCGGGCACGGCAGCGGGACUGAGGCACCGUGCUACCCGCGCUGGGACAGCAGCUCCACCACCGAACACCUGAGGAGAAGCUCUCAGGGACCUUCCAGCAGCUCCUGGGCUUAAAGGCUCAAGGUGAGAAAUGCAGCAGGAGUGAUGGGUAACUAAAGUUUAAUUCAGCCUGCUGGGGUCUACUAGGAUGACAAAAAGCCCGAUUUUCACACAGAUCUUCCGACGGAUCGAGCAAGCACCGAUGGCUUCCACAGCCCGCUCAGCCCCAGCUGUGCAGGUCUCAGCUCUGGGACGAGCAGUGAGUCCCUUUCCACAGGCAGGGAAGGGGCAGCAGGGGACCAAGAUGCAGUAUUCUGAAAAAUUGCUCAGACAGCAGGUUCAGGAUUUCUAAAUACAUUCUUCAACUUUUAUUCUCCCACUAGGUAAGCAGUGGAUUAAAAAUCUCAGUAGCAAAACCAGACCCAAACUAAGUCUCACGCCUUCAGAAACAAACGUGCAUUUGCAUGUCAGAUGUAAUUCACAUCCCGACAGUGGAUAUGCAAAUGACCAAGGAGGAAUUUGCAGUGGGAGCAAAGUGCUGCAUGUGUCACCAUGGCAAAUGUGCAACAAACACAAGUUCAGGUGUUGGCAACGCUGAGCAAACACUAGGCCAUGGAGAACAAAUGCAGCGAUACCACGGAUUCUGAAACAGUGUAAGCAGAAGAGAAAAAUGGGACAGCUUAAUGGAAGCUGUUUGGCACUUCCAGCAGAGGCUGCUUCAGCCACGUGCAAUAUUAAUCUUUCUGUACCUGGAUUAGCUUUUGUGGCUCUUUUUCCUCAUGUACACGUCGCUUUUGCUUCCACUGAAGCUUAAAACUUCCACUGGUGAAUUCUGGAGUGUUAGGGACACUUCAUAAAUUAGCCAAAAUAGAAGCUGCUCUUUUCUAAGAUUUGAAGCCAAAGUGCCAGCAAAGAGCAACUGCCAAUUACAGAAAUCCAAAUGCAACUGGCUUUAGCCAAAGAAAAUAAACUAGAAUUUCAAAUGCAGUUCUGUGCUGUCACAGGCCCCCACUCCCCCAAAACCAUGCCAUAAUCAGUACUAUGGAUUAGAUCCCUUAGUAUAAAAACCAAAAAAUCCCAUAAAACAGAAAUCAAGAAUUUCUUAAG